CAUGGAGAUAAAAAGCGGCACUGGCCUCCAUUACAGCGUUUCGUAGCGCUCGGGCGGUCGAUCUGUGGUAGAACUGGCUGAUGAAAUGUCGAUUGUUAGCAUAGUGACGGGGUUGUCCUUCUAUUGUCUCCUUGUUAUCCUCGUCCACACGAGUGCCGAUUUCCAGUGCCCGUGUAGGUGCGAAACGAAGACUGGGAUGACGACUGUGGAUUGUACAAACAGUGACCUCUAUAACAAAGUGCCCAACCUCGGUCCAAGGGACGGGUCAGCAUCACUGACAAGAUUCAAGUUCGUGUUAUUCAAGAACAACCAGCUGACUUCAAUCCCAGCUUAUGCGUUCCGGGGUUUGCGCAUCGACUCGCUCCGCUUUACACAAAACAAUCUGACAUCCAUACACCCAGAUGCGUUUCGGGAGAUGAUUAAAUUGUCAAGUCUAUCCCUCGACUCAUGCGGCUUGACUGAGGUCCCGGAUGUCUUUCGAAACAGCCCAGAGAUCGCAUCUCUCAACUUUGAGGACAACAAGAUUACCAAUAUCCCCAUUGGGGCGUUUCGGUAUGCUAAGGCCUUGCAGUCGCUCAAUCUGAAUAAAAACCCGCUCACCUUUACCGCAGGUAUGUUUAAGGGCUUGGAAGCGUCCCUAAAAAAACUCGACAUUGCCGAGACAAACGUCGAAAAGGUUCCAACAAACGCUUUGGCCUCUCUUAGAAACUUGAGACAGUUGUGCCUGAGUGGGAAUCGUCUGUUGUCCGUCAAUACCAUAUUUGGAAGUGACUCCCAUGACGUCACGUCACGUGUUGGCCUCAAAGUGGAGUACGAUUUCUCCUCGAAUAUGAUUCAAGACAUUUCAGUCGGUGCGUUUCGUGAACGACCGGCACCUGCACUGCUCAAGUUGAACAACAAUAACCUGAAGAGUUUAAACUUUAUAGGCGACCCAUGUUUUUUCAAUGGGACCUUCCUUAUGCUUCACGGGAAUGAUAUCAAAUGUAGUUGCCAAGACUACGAAAUAAACAAAUACCCAGACUUGACCGUGAUGGGCGCCUGUGAUAUACUUCCGGCGAAAUGCAUUGACUUUCACAAGGAUCAGAAAUUUGACUGCGCAUGCCGGAAGUGGCACCUUGCAAACAGAUAUGACAUUGAGAAAGGAACGUGUCCGGUGAAAUUGACAACUACAGCAGGUAUGCCAGAUGGCGCUACUCCUAAAGUCGGAUUUGUAGAAUCUGGAGCCGAUAAACCGAGCAUGCGUUUGAUGAACUUGACUGUACAUAUUCUGAUUCUAUUAAGAUUGUCAAUUUUCACCAUCUAAGGCAUCAUGAGGACAUUAAGGCUCGACCAUAUAAGGUAUCAUCAGGGUGCUGGAUCAGGGUGCUGGAUCAGGGUGUGUCAAUGACUGUUGUGAUUUCUCGAUAAAGUCAUGUGCUGUACAGAUUUUUAAAUGUUGCUUGUGAUAAUAAAAAUUUGGGACUAUCUUAUAAUAGACCAAUCGUUUUGGGUUCA